GGCUUGGCGAAGCGCAGAGACCGACUGCGGCACCGUCGGAGCUGCGCCGUCUCCGGGUCGAGCAGGUGCCUCCGCCCCGCUCCACGUCCCCUGCCGCGCUCCCCGUCCCCCGCCCUGUGCCCCGGGCCUCCGGGACCUCUCGGACCGCGCCGCCGCUGGGGCCUAGCGCACACCGGGCCACGGGCCGCAGCGCCGGGGCCGGCGAUGAGCUCCAGGAGCCGGCAUGCGCGCAGACAGCAGCCCGCUUGUGGGCAACACGCCCGCCAGUUACGGGACCCUAACGAUAGAGACAUCGAUAGAUCCCCUCAGCUCCUCAGUUUCAUCCGUGAGGCUCAGCGGCUACUGUGGCAGUCCAUGGAGGGUCAUAGGCUAUCACGUCGUGGUCUGGGUGAUGGCUGGGAUCCCUUUGCUGCUCUUCCGGUGGAAGCCCUUGUGGGGGGUGCGGCUCCGGCUCCAGCCCUGCAACCUGGCCCGCGCCGAAACACUCGUCAUCGAAAUAAGAGACAAAGAGGAUAGCUCGUGGCAGCUCUUCAUCGUCCAGGUACAGACUGAGGCCAUCAGCGAGGACAGCCUGGAGCUGUCCUCGCAGGCCCAGGCAGAGGACGGCCGGAGCCAGGCAGCUGUGGGAGCAGUGCCCGGGGGUGCGUGGAAGGACACCGCCCAGCUGCACAGGAGCGAGGAGGCGAAGCGGGUGCUGCGAUAUUACGUCUUCCAGGGCCAGCGCUAUGUCUGGAUCGAGACCCAGCAAGCCUUCUAUCAAGUCAGCCUGCUGGACCACGGCCUCACCUGUGACGACAUCCAUCGUGCCCAUUCCGGCCUCAGCCUUCAGGAGCAAACUGUGAGGAAGGCCGUUUAUGGUCCCAAUGUGAUCAGCAUCCCAGUCAAGUCCUACCCCCAGCUGCUGGUGGAUGAGGCGCUGAACCCCUACUACGGGUUCCAGGCCUUCAGCAUCGCGCUGUGGCUGGCAGAUCACUACUACUGGUACGCACUGUGCAUCUUCCUCGUUUCCGCCGUCUCCAUCGGCCUGUCCUUGUACAAGACCAGAAAGCAAAGCCAGACUCUGAGGGACAUGGUGAAGCUGUGUGUGCGGGUGCGCGUGUGCCGGCCUGGAGGAGAGGCUGAGUGGGUCGACUCCAGCCAGCUGGUGCCCGGAGACUGCCUGCUGCUGCCCCAGGAGGGUGGGCUGAUGCCCUGCGACGCUGCCCUGGUGGCUGGAGAGUGCGUGGUGAACGAGAGCUCUCUGACAGGGGAGAGUGUUCCAGUGCUGAAGACGGCCCUGCCGGAAAGCCAGGGGCCCUACUGCCCAGAGACGCACCGUCGGCACACGCUUUUCUGUGGGACCCUCAUCUUGCAGGCCCGGGCCUACAUGGGACCCCACGUCCUGGCGGUGGUGACCCGGACAGGCUUCUGCACGGCUAAGGGGGGCCUGGUGAGCUCCAUCUUGCACCCCCGGCCCAUCAACUUCAAGUUCUAUAAACAUAGCAUGAAGUUUGUGGCUGCCCUCUCUGUCCUGGCUCUCCUUGGCACUAUCUACAGCAUCUAUAUCCUCCACCGCAACCGGGUGCCUGUGAAUGAGAUUGUGAUCCGGGCUCUGGACCUGGUGACGGUGGUGGUGCCACCCGCCCUGCCAGCUGCCAUGACAGUGUGCACCCUGUACGCCCAGAGCCGGCUGCGGAGACAGGGCAUCUUCUGCACCCACCCGCUGCGUAUCAACCUGGGCGGCAAGCUGCGGCUUGUGUGCUUUGACAAGACGGGCACCCUCACUGAGGACGGCUUGGACGUGAUGGGGGUGGUGCCCCUGAAGGGGCAGGCGUUCCUGCCACUGGUCCCAGAGCCCCGCCGCCUGCCCAUGGGGCCCCUGCUAAGAGCACUAGCCACCUGCCACGCACUCAGCCGGCUCCAGGACACCACAGUGGGCGACCCCAUGGACCUCAAGAUGGUGGAGUCUACUGGCUGGGUCCUGGAGGAGGGGCCAGCCACAGACUCGGCAUCCGGGACCCAGGUCUUGGCAGUGAUGAGACCGCCGCUUCAGGAGCCCCAGCUGCAGGGAGCGGAGGAGCCCCCUGUGCCGGUCAGCAUCCUCUGCCGCUUCCCCUUCUCUUCAGCCCUGCAACGCAUGAAUGUGGUGGUGACGUGGCCAGGGGCCGCUCAGCCUGAGGCCUACGUCAAGGGCUCCCCUGAGCUGGUGGCAGGCCUCUGCAACCCCGAGACAGUGCCCACCACCUUUGCCCAGAUGCUGCAGAGCUACACAGCUGCUGGCUACCGCGUCGUGGCCCUGGCCAGCAAGCCGGUGCCCAUGGUGCCCAGCCUGGAGGCAGCUCAGCAACUGACGAGGGACACUGUGGAGCAGGAGCUGAGCCUCCUGGGACUGCUGGUCAUGAGGAAUCUGCUGAAGCCACAGACGGCCCCGGUGAUCCAGGCUCUGCGUAGGACGCACAUCCGCACUGUCAUGGUGACAGGAGACAACCUGCAGACGGCAGUCACUGUGGCCCGGGGCUGUGGCAUGGUAGGCCCCCAGGAGCGUCUGAUCAUUGUCCAGGCCACCCACCCCGAGCGAGGCCAGCCUCCCUCUCUGGAGUUCCUGCCAGUGGAGUCCUCUGCAGUUGCAAAUGGGGCUAAGGAUGCUGACCAAGCCACCAGCUACCACGUGGAGCCAGACCCCCGAUCCAGCCACCUGGCCCUCAGCGGGCCCACCUUUGGUGUCCUUAUGAAGCACUUCCCCAAACUGCUGCCCAAGGUCCUGGUCCAGGGCACCAUCUUUGCCCGCAUGGCUCCUGAGCAGAAGACAGAGCUGGUGUGUGAGCUGCAGAAGCUCCAGUACUGCGUGGGCAUGUGCGGGGACGGCGCCAACGACUGCGGGGCCCUGAAGGCAGCCGACGUGGGCAUCUCGCUCUCCCAGGCCGAAGCCUCAGUGGUCUCCCCCUUCACCUCUAGCAUGGCCAGCAUUGAGUGUGUGCCCAUGGUCAUCAGGGAAGGUCGCUGUUCCCUGGACACGUCGUUUAGUGUCUUCAAGUACAUGGCCCUGUAUAGCCUGACCCAGUUCAUCUCGGUCCUGAUCCUCUACACGAUCAACACCAACCUGGGGGACGUACAGUUCCUGGCCAUCGACCUGCUCAUCACCACCACGGUGGCCGUGCUCAUGAGCCGCACAGGGCCCGCACUGACGCUGGGGCGGGCGCGGCCUCCGGGGGCGCUGCUCAGCGUGCCCGUGCUGGGCAGCCUGCUGUUGCAGGUGGCCCUGGUGGCCGGCGUGCAGCUGGGGGGCUACUUCCUGACUGUAGCCCAGCCCUGGUUCGUGCCUCUGAACAGGACAGUGCCCGCACCGGACAACCUGCCCAACUAUGAGAACACGGUGGUCUUCUCCCUGUCCAGCUUCCAGUACCUCAUCCUGGCUGCAGCCAUGUCCAAAGGGGCGCCGUUCCGCAGGCCACUCUACACCAACGUGCCCUUCCUGCUGGCCCUAGUGCUCUUGGGCUCUGUCCUGGUGGGCCUCAUCCUGGUCCCCGGCCUCCUGCAGGGGCCACUGGCGCUGAGGAACAUCGCUGACACCUACUUCAAGCUGCUGCUGCUGGGCCUGGUCGCCAUCAACUUCGUGGGGGCCUUCAUGCUGGAGAGCGUGCUGGACCAGUGCCUCCCGGCCUGCCUACGGCGGGUGGGGGGCCCGACGGGCCCAUUCAAGCAGCUGGAGCAGGAGCUUGCAGAGCAGCCCUGGCCGCCGCUGCCCGCUGGUCCCGUGAGGUAGUGCAGGCCUUACCGGAGGGCACACAGGACACUGGAUCUAUCUCCCUGCCUCUGAGCCACUGGCUGGACUCAUCUCCGGAGACACUACUGCCCGCAGCCCUGUGGUUGGCGGCGGUCACACUCCUGCCCCGGACUACCCAGCCAGCCUUCCCAGUCCCCCCGUCCCCGGAAGUGCUGACUUCAUUGCCUCGCAGUCAGACCAUCAUGUGUCUGCAGCCGGAGCUCCACUCGGCCGCUGUCCGUGUAGCAAAUAAAGUCAUGGUGUUUCCUGCCUCA